UUGGUUGCGUUUAGCGCGAGAAGAAGGGCAGUACGGUGGAACCAGAGAGAUUGCCUAGUGGAGAUCGGGUCUUCCAGGGGUUUUAGGGUUUUCUGGGGUUCACUUAAAAUCUCCUGGGGGGAGCUCACAUAUUUGCGACGGGCAAUGGCGGCAGUAGGGAAUCCGCAAUACAAUCCCUGGUCAGGCGCGACGCCGCAACCGGAAGUGGCGAUUGAUGAGGUGAGGACGAUCUUCGUGCUAGGUUUUCCACCAGAUGUCAAGGAGCGGGAGCUCCAAAAUCUCCUGCGCUGGUGGCCCGGAUAUGAGGCGUCGCAAAUGAACUUCAAAGGCGACCAGCCAAUGGGAUUCGCGCUCUUCUCCACCGCCUCAAUGGCAAUGGCUGCUCGAGACGCACUCCAGAAUCUAGUGUUCGAUGCCGACGCUAAGUCCGUGCUGCGUGCCGAGAUGGCAAAGAAGAACUUAUAUGUGAAAAGAGGUGUUACGGGGAUCAAUGCAGAGGGAACAGCAUACGAUCAUAGCAAGAGAAUGCGAACUGGGGGCGAGUGCACUCCUGCCUAUCCUCCUCCUUUUGCACCUCCUCCGCCGCCGGCGUGGCCACCCCAGGGGUACAUGGCUCCAGCUCCUUACGAUCCUUAUGGAUCGUAUCCAGUUGCUCAGGUACCUCCUCCGGUUCCUCCUCCUGCACCCGUGGCACCUGCUGGUUACGCUCCUGUUCAGCAGAACACUAAGGACAAUCCGCCAUGUAACACUUUGUUUAUUGGAAAUCUCGGUGAAGCAACGAGUGAAGCGGAGCUGCGUGGGUUGUUUAGCAGCCAACCAGGUUUUAGACAAAUGAAAGUACUGCGCCAAGGAAGGAGCACUGUGUGUUUCAUCGAGUUUGUUGAUGUAAAUACAGCUAUGGCAGUCCACACGAACCUUCAAGGUGCUGUUCUUUCGACUUCAGAUCGUGGUGGGAUGAGAAUACAGUAUUCGAAAAAUCCUUACGGGCGGAAGAAGGAGGGACCUAGUGGGCAGCUCGAUGGGAUCCCUCCUCCCGGUGUGUCAUCGCCAACAUUAACAACAUUGAGUACAAUGACAAAUGGUGCUACCGAUCGCAAUUCAGUGACUUCAGAGACGUCGACUGCCUGACAUAAAGGGAUGUAUUUCCUCCGAUCUUUUUAGCUCGCAUCCAGCAUAACAUCAUCUUGAACUGACUGCAAGCAUGGAUGGCAUCGUCAGAGUCUGUAUCAUUGCAUCGUAGGGGAGGAGGUGCGCUGAUGGUCGUCUCCAUACUUACUAGGUGAUGGCGUUCUUCGACAAAAGAUGCAUUCACCGCAUUUUAGAAUGCAAGGUACUGGCUAGCGGGAGGAAUCGGGUCGGGGGCAUUAUACAUGAUACUGGUGUGAUAAAGCAUGAGGCACACAAAGCUUAUCAUCAUCGGUCUUUGCACACAAUCUUAUUGUUUGGAAGCUUCUAAGCAUCCAUUCAUUCUGAAGACAUUUGUGCAUUUUGUAUUUCGUUGCACCGACCUUUUCUUCACUCCCCUGAGAUAAACAACUUGUUUUUGUUUGGAUUAUUUUAGGUGCCAAACAGACAA